AUGAAUGUGAAUCCACACCUAUACACGUCGUCACCGCAGAUUUCCCAAAUGCAGUUACUUCAGAGGCAGCAUCUACUACAGGAGCAAGGUACUCCGUUGUCUCAGCAGCAGCACUUGACGAAUGGGGCUGGGUUGGGUGCUAAUCCCGUAUUGCAACAGUUGCAGCUCCAACAAUUGCAGCAACUGCAACAGCAACAGCAACAGCAACAGCAACAGCAACAGCAACAGCAACAGCAACAACAACUGCAACUGAUUCCAAUAGUCAAGGAGGUCUGGGCUAACAAUCUCGAGUACGAAUUUAAUAACUUGCGCAAGUUUAUCAACGACAAAAGCGUGACGAUAUAUGCAGCAAUACAUCAGGAGACACCAGGUAUUGUUGCCAGGGCAAUUGGAUCCUUCAAAACAAGUACUGACUACCACUUUCAAACAAUAAGGUGUAACUCAGACUUGUUGAAUCUAAUACAGCUCAGCAUCUGUUUCAGCAAAAAUGGAGGAAAUCCUGUCAUUUGGCAAUUCAACUUUGCAUACGAUUUGACAAAGGAGAUGUACAGUGAAGAGCAUUUGGCCAUGUUGGCACAACAGUCAUCAGUUAAUUUCCAAGCACAUAUGUCUCGCGGAGUAGACCAUUUUGAGUUUGCCGAGUUGUUGAUCGAUAGUGGGUUGUUGUUGGACAAUUCCAUCAACUGGGUGUCGUAUCAUGCAGGAUAUGAUUUGGGGUUUCUUAUAAGCUUGUUGACAAAUGAUAGUCUCCCUGUGGAUGAAGACGAGUUCCACUGGUGGUGUGAUAAGUACUUUCCCAAUUUCUACGACUUGAAGUACAUCGGUAAUCAAGUUUUAGGAUCGGAUGAGAAGAUGAAUAAGCCGUCGAUAGAGUAUUUGGCAGAAGAGUUGCAUUUGUUGCCUAUAUCUCCAGUCAUUCGCCAGCUGUUUGGUAAUGCGGGCCAACACCCCACAUCCACAUUACAUGCGUACUUAUCAAUGGAGUGCUUUAAAGAGCUAUUGAGGCAAUCAGUGGACCCAACAAGGUACAAGGGAAAUAUAUGGGGGUUGGCGAAGGAGUAG